AAGCGCGAGCCAUGCCAUGGCGCGCAGUGGACAGUUGAAAUCAUCAGAUCAGACCGCUUUCCUCUUCUGCAUUAAAAACGAAAACUAACCCCCAAUGAGAAAUGAAAGAGAUAGGUGGAGAUGUGGGUUAUAGUAUUUUAGUGACAGCCAUGAAAUAUCGCACAUUGGUCCCCAUUUGCUCAGCAAAAUUUGUUUCCCUUCAUUUUCGUUAACCUCCCCUCAAAACACUAAUCUCACUUCAUAGUUUCCCUAUUUUUUUCUCGCUCUGCCUAGUGUUUAACAAAAGAUUGUUCAAGAUUAUGUAAGGGGUCUGUUUUUCUAAGUCGGCCUUUUUCUUUUCUUUUUUUCUGGGAAUCAUGUAAUUGGUUGAUCUUCCUUUUUUUUUUUUUUAAACUUAAUGUAUUUGGUUGAUCUGCAGUUCGAAUUUGGGCCCAGAAACUAAUGUUGUAUUAUUCGGUCUAGUUUAUUAGUUGGUGGAGUGAGUGAUAUUGGUUUGAGUCAGAUGCAGGGCGGAAUGAUGUUUGCCAGGCUUGACGAUUCGCCCAUGUUUCGUCAGCAGAUCCAAGCUUUGGAGGAAGAUUCCGAAUUGUUGAGGGAUAAAUGUCUAAAGUUUUAUAAAGGAUGUCGAAAGUACACAGAAGGUCUUGGGGAAGCAUAUGAUAGAGACAUAGCUUUUGCCAGUUCUCUUGAAACCUUUGGAGGAGGGCACACUGAUCCUGUUGCUGUUUCAUUUGGAGGCCCUGAUAUGGUUAAAUUUGCUAUCGCCCUGAGAGAGAUUGGAACAUACAAAGAAGUUCUUCGAUCACAGGUAGAGCAAAUAUUAAAUGAUCGAUUACUACAUAUGGCUAGCAUUGAUCAUCAAGUCAAGGAAUCUCGGAAGCGUUUUGACAAAGCUGAUGUAGCUUAUGAUCAGGUCCGCGAGAAGUUCCUAUCAUUGAGGAAAAGUACAAGGAUGGAUAUAGCUGCAGCCAUUGAGGAGGAACUUUACUAUGCAAGGUCGGCUUUUGAGCAUACCCGCUUUAAUCUGGUUGGAGCUCUUUCUUCUGUUGAGGCCAAAAAGAAGUACGAAUUUUUGGAAGCUGUUAGCUUGACUAUGGAUGCUCAUCUUCAGUAUUUCAAACAGGGGUAUGAACUGUUGCAUCAGAUGGAGCCUUAUAUCAAUCAGGUCUUGGCCUAUGCACAAAGGUCUAGAGAAAGCUCCACACAUGAGCAGGCAGUUCUCAAUGGAAAAAUGCAAGAGUAUAGGAGAGAAGUCGAUCAAGAAAGCAGGCGGUCAUUCAAUGGUCCUCACAGUUCUUCAAAUGCUGAUGUCAUACAACAUUCUUCCAGAAGUUCUCAAAAAUUGAUAGAGGCAGUAAUGCAGUCUACUUCAGAAGGAAAGGUACAAACUAUAAAACAAGGGUAUCUCUCAAAGCGUUCAUCUAACUUAAGAGGUGACUGGAAGAGAAGAUUCUUUGUUCUAGAUAGCCGAGGAAUUCUGUACUAUUAUCGAACACAAAAGAGCAGGUCCUCUUUUCAGGGAUCUGCCAAUCCACUCUCUUCACAUAGAAGUUUUUCCACAGAACCAGGAGCAGCACACCGGAGUAGUUGGCUUUCUUCUCAUUAUCAUGGAGGUGUACAUGAUGAAAAACCUGUUGCACGUCGUACAGUGAACCUACUGACAUCAACAAUAAAAGCGGAUGCAGAGCAAUCGGAUCUGAGAUUUUGCUUCAGAAUAAUUUCACCUACAAAGAGUUAUACUUUGCAGGCAGAGAGCGCAGCAGAACAAAUGGACUGGAUAGAAAAAAUAACAGGAGUUAUUACCUCUUUGUUGAGUUCCCAGACACCUGAAAGGCAUUUCUCCGUGAGUCCCACUAUGAAAAGUAGGUCUAUAGGAAGUCCCACCAGUCAUGGUCAAAGGACGAUGGAGGAGUGCACAUCCGGGAGGGAUUUCAUUGCUAGGAGUUCCAUACGCCAAUCCAAAAGUGCAUCACACCUCCCCAGCAUGAAAACAGAGAAACCAGUUGAAGUACUGAAGAGGAUACCUGGGAACGAUAAAUGUGCUGAUUGUGGUGCUCCAGAACCAGAGUGGGCUUCUUUAAAUCUUGGUAUUCUUAUAUGCAUUGAAUGUUCUGGCAUUCACCGUAACCUUGGUGUACAUAUAUCAAAGGUAAGAUCCUUGACACUUGAUGUUAAAGUGUGGGAGCCUUCAGUCAUAACCCUAUUCCAGGCACUUGGUAAUGUGUUCGUGAAUUCUGUUUGGGAGGGUUUGUUGCAUCCAAGAAGAACUUUUCAGGCAGAUGAAAUACCAAUGCGGUUUUUGGAGUCCCAGAAACACAAACAGUUCUUUUGCAAACCCAGUGUCGAUGAUCAUAUUUCAGUGAAGGAGAAAUUCAUCCAUGCAAAGUAUGCAGAAAAACGUUUUGUUCACAAAGUGGCAGACAGUGGGCACUUGCUUUCUGUGGCACAACAGUUGGGGGAAGGUGUCCGUAAAAAUGACAAGAAAACUGUAUACCGACUAAUUGUUGUCUAUCAAGCAGAUGUUAAUUCAGUCUACACGCAAGCAUCAGUUGGCAGUGAUUGUUCAAGCUCUUUGAACCCACAAAGUGGAAGUGAAGACCAUUCCUCUGAUGAAUUUCUUGAUGGCUGUUCCCUGCUUCACCUAGCUUGCCAAACUGCUGAUAUUGGCAUGGUAGAGCUGCUUCUGCAGCAUGGUGCUAACAUAAAUGCUUGCGAUUCACGUGGUCAGAUCCCAUUACAUCAUAGUUUCUUAAGAGGAAGAACUGAAAUUGCCAAACUAUUACUUUCAAGGGGGGCUGACCCACAAGCUGUUGAUAAGGAAGGUAAGACUCCUUUCCACCUUGUCGAAGAAUCAGCCCUGGAUGAUGUGGAGAUUCUCGCUCUCCUGAAAGUCACAAUAGGAUAGCACCAGCACAAAGAUCUGAGGUAGACCACUUAGAAUUGCAUUAUCUUCAAAAAUGACGUUGGAGUUAUUUGGAAGUGCUAGAGCCUUCUCAAUCCUUAGCUUCAUUCUGCCAGAGAAAUAUUGAAAUAAGCAGGCUUUCUGACAUUAAUGAUUCAGAGAACUGGUGCUUUUCCUCCGCGGAGUUGUACCACAUUUCUAAAGCUACGAGAGACAGUUAGCUUGUGCUUCAGGCUUGUCGUUCCUACAAAAUGCAACAAUUUCAGCUUUAGUAAAAGAGUUUGAGGCCAUGCAUUAAGCUGCUUCAUCUGUAUUCCUCAUUAUUAGUUUUUUCCCCUUUGGUUUCUUUCGUUAUCCUAGUUCUGCAGCUCUUGAAGAAGUAGGCAGUGGAGCAGUUAUACAUGCAUUAUGAAUUGAUUUUGAUGGUUUGAACAGAAUAAGCUACCAUAUAAAGUGGGUGAAAUUUUUGUAUAGCAGCUUGCUGAUUGAGCUGAAGAAAUCGAGGAGACAUGCGAUACAUAGCUUGCUUGUAUUGCCAGGAGUAUUCAAUAUAGCUUACUGGUUAAUUUUCCAAGAUCAAGAGGUUGGUAAAUGAUAGUUUCAUUAUUCAUUUGUACCUAAAGCAAUUGAUGGGAAAUUGAGUAUAGUAUGUGCCUUGCCAUAAGAGCUGUAGUUUUAAUAUUUAAUCAUUAUUCUUUUUAA